UUACUAAAACCACGCGUUAACAGCACAAAAGACAACGUCAUUAAAUCAGAGAAAAUGGCAUCACCGCGCCAGGAAGGCCAGAGUUCUAGCAUGAAGGUCCACAUGCUGCGCCUCACCCCUGGCCAAGAGGUGAAGACGAGCCUGGAGGAAUAUGUGGCCAGGGAAGCCAAGAAUGGCGUCUUCGUCAUGACCUGCUGCGGCUCCUUGACCUCGGCCACCCUUCGCCUUGCUGCCAAUGAAGACGGGGUCACGAACAAGGUGAAGACCUUCAACCAGCACUUCGAGGUGCUGGGCAUGUCGGGCACCGUCGGGCGCGGGGGCACGCACCUCCACAUCUCUCUGUCUGACCACGAGGGCCGGUCGUUCGGAGGUCACGUGAUGAAGGACCUGGUCGUGUUCACCACCAUGGAAAUCGCCCUCGGAGAGCUCGCUGGCCUGGUUCUCGACCGCGCGGCCGACGCUGCCACGGGCUUUGAUGAACUCACGAUAACCAAAGCGUAGUUUUCGUUGUCCAGAGGAGGUUGAUGUGGCUAUCGUUGUUUCAAGCAAAAUAUUUUUAAUCUCGUAUUGUAUUGCAGAAUUGAUAGCAAAUAGGCCAAUAAACAAAUAUCUAGG